CUUCGCGGACAUACAGAUGUUGCCGCUCAUCCUUGCUAUUUUUGUAGCAGCUACACAGAAAUGCCAUAAUGUUGUUGUCACUACAAGAACAGAAGAACUUUUUAAAGUAGUAGUUUCCUACCUUAGAGAAGAGCUGCAAUAUUUAGCAAAUGCUGCAGAGCUGGAAGAACAGUGUCAUGGAAAUAGAGUUUCUCAGUCAUUGACUUAAACAUUUUGCACUAUUACAGUUUGGGGAAAUUUUUUUUUUUUAUUUUUUUGGUGAUAGGAAGUUAUUUUUUCCCGGACUGCAAGUUUGGGGAAGCUGAACUUAAAGUGGUGGCUUCUUUUGCUCAGCUUUGUUUUUAUUUUGAGUUAUACUGCAACUGUGUUACAAUGUCAGCUGUGAUAAUUGAACUGGAUAAGCUUUCUUCAGAUGAGAUUGAGAGCGAAAAGGAUUCCAAGUCAGAUUUUAAGGAAAGCAAAUUCGGUGAAUCAUGUGCCGGUUAUCAUGGUUUUCAACUUCACUGCUCGCAUUCUGCACCAGCUGGCAUGAAUACAAGCAAGAGUGAGACAGUGAAAGAGCAUCCACUGAAACCCUCUAGAAGAUCUAUGCCAUGCCUAGCCCAGAGCCAAACACAUCCUCAGAGUCUGAGCAAGCAUUCGUCAUUUCUGCAGCCAAAUCGUGUGCAGCCACAGCCCCGGCCUCAGCCUCUAAGUGCAGGGACAUCUACAGCUACAGUGGAUGUAGUGUCAGAACGAGCUAAAGUGAUGGAGACUUUGGAAAACAACUUGCUUAAGCUGUCUAAUACAGAAUACAGUGAUCCAUUUUUAGACGUAGGAAAGGACAAAGACACAUACACAGAUGAUUCAGAACAUGGAAAUUAUGAUGCUCGUACAGAUCAGUCAUUGCUUAUUCAAAACAAGCUUACCAGACAGAAAACAGAACCUCGGACUAAAUCAUCUUUAAAGACUGAUGCCAUGGCAUCAUCAGGACUCUUCUUCAAAGACGGCAAAAAGCGGAUUGAUUACAUCUUGGUCUACAAAAAGUCAAGUCCACAGGUAGAAAAAAGAAGCACUUUUGAGAAGAAUUUGAGAGCAGAAGGGUUGAUGUUAGAACGAGAGCCAGCUGUUACAAACAGUGAUAUCAUGUUUGUUAAAAUUCACUGUCCAUGGGAGACAUUGUGCAAAUACGCAGAAAGAAUGAACAUCAGGAUGCCUUUCAGGAAAAAAUGUUAUUACACUGACUGGAGGAGCAAAACCAUGGGCAGUUUGCAGAGGAAUAUGAGAGAGCUGAAAAGUUGGUUGCCCAGAAAUCCAAUGAAGCUUGAUAAGGAGGCCCUACCUGAUCUGGAAGAAACAGAUUGCUACACAGCACCCUUUAGCCGUGCACGCAUACACCACUUUACAAUAAACAACAAAGACAGCUUCUUCAGCAAUUCCACAAGAAGUAGAAUCGUGCAUCACAUGCUACAGAGAACUAAGUAUGAAGAUGGAAAAUCCAAAAUGGGUAUUAAUAGAUUACUAAAUAAUGGAACAUAUGAAGCAGCGUUUCCACCACAUGAGGGAAGCCACAAAAGCAGACAUCCUAUCAAAACACACGGAGCUCAGAAUCACAGACACCUCUUAUAUGAACGUUGGGCACGGUGGGGAAUGUGGUACAAAUACCAGCCUCUCGAUUUAAUCAGGCGAUAUUUUGGUGAAAAAAUUGGACUGUAUUUUGCCUGGCUGGGAUGGUAUACUGGAAUGCUUAUUCCUGCUGCCCUAGUUGGGCUCUUUGUUUUCCUCUAUGGAUUAUUUACAAUGGAUUCCAGCCAAGUAAGCAAAGAGAUCUGCGAGGCAAAUGAAACCAUCAUGUGCCCUAUGUGUGAACGCAAUUGCACACUACAAAAACUCAAUGAAAGCUGCAUAUACGCCAAGGUUACCCAUUUGUUUGAUAAUGGAGGGACUGUCUUCUUUGCUAUUUUCAUGGCAAUUUGGGCUACAGUCUUUCUAGAGUUUUGGAAAAGACGGAGAGCUGUAUUAACCUAUGACUGGGACCUCAUAGACUGGGAAGAUGAAGAGGAAGAGCUGCGCCCCCAGUUCGAAGCUAAAUAUUCCCAAGUGGAAAGGGUAAAUCCCAUCACAGGAAAACCUGAACCUUUUCAGCCUUUCCCUGAUAAGCUCAGUCGACUGAUGGUGUCUGUCUCAGGAAUAUUCUUCAUGAUUUCACUGGUCCUCACUGCAGUGUUUGCAGUUGUGGUGUAUCGUCUGGUAGCCAUGGAACAGUUUGCUUCUUUCAAGUGGUAUUUCAUCAAGAAGUAUUGGCAGUUUGCAACAUCUGGAACUGGAGUCUGUAUCAAUUUUAUGAUCAUCAUGUCACUCAAUGUUGUAUAUGAAAAGGUUGCCUAUCUCCUGACAGACUUAGAGCACCCUAGAACAGAAUCUGAAUGGGAAAACAGCUUUGCCUUGAAAAUGUUCCUCUUCCAGUUUGUCAACUUGAACAGCUCCAUCUUUUACAUUGCCUUUUUUCUUGGCAGAUUUGCAGGCCGCCCAGGAAAGUACAACAAGCUUUUUAACAGAUGGAGACUGGAAGAGUGUCAUCCUAGUGGCUGCUUGAUAGAUCUAUGUUUGCAAAUGGGAGUUAUUAUGGUUUUAAAACAAAUGUGGAACAACUUCAUGGAACUAGGCUAUCCUUUGUUACAGAAUUGGUGGUCACGACGCAAAAUGAAGAGAGGAGGGCAAUUAAUGGAGCAUAAAAUUUCUCUACCUCAGUGGGAAAAAGAUUGGAAUCUGCAGCCUAUGAAUCUCCAUGGUUUAAUGGACGAAUAUUUAGAGAUGGUUUUACAGUUUGGCUUUACCACCAUCUUCGUUGCUGCCUUCCCACUGGCACCUCUUCUGGCAUUGCUUAACAACAUCAUAGAAAUAAGGUUAGAUGCGUACAAGUUUGUCACUCAGUGGCGAAGACCUAUGCCUGCAAGAGCAACAGAUAUAGGUAUCUGGUAUGGGAUUCUGGAAGGAAUUGGAGUUCUGGCUGUCAUCACCAAUGCCUUUGUUAUUGCCAUUACUUCCGAUUACAUUCCACGUUUUGUCUAUGCAUACAAAUAUGGUCCCUGUACAGAUCAAGGGUACAGACAAGAAAAAUGCUUAAAAGGCUAUGUCAACAGCAGUUUAUCAGUAUUUGAUUUGAGUGAACUUGGGAUGGGAUACUCAGGAUACUGCCGGUAUAGAGAUUACAGAGCCCCACCAUGGAGUUCAACUCCAUAUGAAUUCACUUUGCAGUUCUGGCACGUCCUGGCAGCGCGGCUGGCCUUCAUCAUAGUAUUUGAGCACCUUGUUUUUGGAAUAAAGUCUUUCAUUGCCUACCUGAUUCCAGACAUGCCCAAAGACUUGUGCGACAGAAUGAGGAGAGAGAAAUACUUAGUCCAGGAAAUGAUGUAUGAGGCUGAACUGGAGCAUUUGCAGAGAGAAAGGAAAAAGAAUGGGAAACAGUAUCACCAUGAAUGGCCUUAGUCACUACCAUGCUGCAACAAAAACGCUGUUUGGAAAUUGAAGAGUGCAGUUACAAAAUGAAGUCAGAGUCUGGCAUCGGUGUGUGAGAUUCGCAGUGUAUAUAUGUUCUUGCUGGGCAGUACAGUUGCAGGCUUUGGUGGGAACUGGAAAAUAGAUGCUUCCGAUGAAGAAAAUGAAAAGCCUUACCUGUAACUGGUCUGUGGUGAGCACCAAGGAGAAUUGGCACUCAGGAAUGUGCAGACAGAUUAAAAAUUUGGACACUCUGGUUUAAAAAAAGGCAAUGAAUUGUCAUGCUGUUCAUGAAGAUACUAACAGCAUAAUGAAAAUAAAAAAUUACCUGUGAACUUAUACAGUGAGGGCAUGACUAAAACCAACUUACAUGAUAUCCACUACUUCUACAGCUUCUGAUUGCUCAGCUCCAUCUGUAAUGCCUCUGAAAAGAGAAAUUGUUGCCUUUGUGGCCAUAACUUGAUAUAAACGAUCUUUCAGGCUUACUGUUUUGUCAGGUUUGUCCUAGUCUCUUGUUGAGAUUGUGGAUGUGGUUCUACCCUAAAAAAGGGGGUCUAUGGCUGCUUAAUAUAUACUAUGCAGUUUAAGAUUUGCACAUCAGUGUCAUUAAUUUAUCCUUCUAGUUGAAAACCAAAAAUUCUAAAUUCAAAGAGAAAACAGCAGCACUAAGAGAACGCAUCACAUUGCCCACAGCUAUAUUUGCAGCCCAUUGCAGCUAUAUUUGAAAAUGACACGGCUGUUGAGUUGUCUUUCCACUUUUGUGUGCAGAAAGGCCACCUCCACAUGCUUGCAGGAUGGAAGAACUGUCAUUUUCAUGCUCCGAUGUAGCAUGCAGAUGUCUAAAUGUGUUACUGUUUCCUUUGACCUGUCUGGGCAAUGAUUCUAUGACUUCACAGAAUGCUAACUUGAAAUACUCUCAUACAGUGACUUCAUCCUGAAUAUACAGUUAACUCUUUAUAGUAUGCAAGCUUAUGCAGAUAUAUAUCAGACAUACAGUAUAACAUUGUGACUUGCUUGUUCAGGGAAGGAGAAGCAGAGCACUUUAUAACAAUGCUCUUCUUACUGUAAUAGUAAAUGUUCCAGUAAUGUGCACUUCUUUUAUUGGCCUAAAUAAGUCAAAGCAUGGGAGUUAGAUACAGGCAGAUAUGUAUACAGAUUGUAUAUAAAUGCGUACACACACAGUGGUAACUUUUAGAUUUUUUUAUUAUUAUUUGUAUGCCUUCAUACAGUUUUGGGGGGCUUUUUGGAUAAAAUCACUAUAAAAGGUAGAUGUUCAUAUAAAGAAUCAAAUUUCAGUUUUUAUGUGCAUACAGCAUACAGCAGUGUUGCUUUGGUUAUAGUCACGUUUUGGUGAUGAAAUUGUCCGUUUCUAACAUUUCAUGAAGUAGGAAAAGAUAAGCACUUAAACAAUUUAAGCAAGUGUGCAGGGUUCACUUGCAGAGAAGGGAGUGGAGAAAGUUACAAUCAUUGUGUUUCUCUUGUACAAUUCUAAGUAAUGCUUCUCUAUAUUGGAUAAGAAAAAUCUAAAAAGUGAAGAGUCAACAAAGCACAGUGUACCUAUAAAGGCUGCAAAUUUAAACAUUAUUUUUAGGGAUAAAGCUGCAGCAAAAUCACUGCUGACAGAUAUGAAAAGACCUGAAUUAUUACUACUUACAAUACCUUAUUGAACCAAAAGGUGCGGUUCCAGUAUUCACUUGCAUGUAUUAGCGAAUCAUUUUAUUUUAUUAUGCCAUAUAAAAUUAAUUUUAAGAGUCAAGGCCCCAUCAAAGUGGAUGAGUAUGAUCUAUUGUAUCCAGGGGCCCUAGCAUCAGACCUGAAGUUCUUUAGUCGUUUCACCAUAUUCAUGAGAUUUCUUGGUUAAUUCCAGCUCUCUGUGACCAGGCAAGGCAACUAUAGGACUAUCUACAGUAUUGCACAAAGGAGGAAAGAAAUUGGAAGGUAUGGUCUAAUCAGAUAUAUUACCCGUUAGUUCUGUCAUAAAGGGCUGGUGGAACUCAGCUUCCCAUAUUUUGGAAAAGCUGUUUUGUUCCUUCAUAUGCUGGGUUGUGCGUUAAGUUCUUAAGGGAGUCCUUACCAGAAAUAAUUAAUGCACUCUCCUCAGUGCUUAUAGAAUCACACAGUUUGUUUUAAUUUAUUGUGACUCUCUUUCAUUCUGUGGAAUAUCAAGCACUGUUUGACAGCAUUAACCAUGUGUCAUAGCUUCUGUUUCUGUGCCACGUAGUGAUAGUACUUCCGUUCUUCAGAAGGUCACAGAUGAGCUCUCUGUUUAAUGUUUUCUCUAAAAACAUUAAAAAAUGCCUUGGCUGGCCCAAGGUGUAAAGAUACAGGAUAAAAUUAGGCAAAAAUCAGAAAUAUUGAUUGAUUAUUUUAUACUUUCCUGUUUCUGUUGUGGAUAUUAGCAGGUGUCAAUACAUACUUAGGCAAAUUCCAAUUGGACUUAAAAAACACGUAGGAAAGAAAACCUUUUUGUAUUUGAGAUUUGAAUAUAUAUAUUAUUAAUGAUUUUCAACACUGGUGUAUAGGAGUAUAUCAAAGGCAAGUAUGUAGAUCUGACAUUGUGCAUUUUAUGCACUGGAAAAGCACAAGACGUUUUGGAGAAACACUGUGUGUGUUCCUUUAUUUUUGGAGGAUAUCAACAAUGUCUAAAGGUUUUGCCACUAUCUAGCCACUUGCUUAAGCUGAGAAAACUUUUUGCUAGACUUCGUUUAGUAUGCCGUUUGCAUUGACUGCACGUUAUUUUACUGAAGUAUAAGGCACACAAUGUCCUCAGGAAUAAUGUAUUUUAUGAAUGGUGAAUGAUCUUUUCAUAUUCUAAAUAUUGUCUUUCCAAACAAAUGACCAGUAUGAAUAGACUGUGCAUGCAAGCUGCGUUUGUGAAAUCUGACAAAGCUUUAGAACUUCAAUUUGUGCAAAAAUGCUUUAGAUCAUUGCAGAUCUAAUCUAUGACAAUUUUGCUCUAUGCAUGCGCCCUUAGAGAGACCGCAUGAGCAACUAGAUAUUUUUAAAUACAAAGGAUUAGUCCAAAAUGUCUUAAUUAUUCCUAACCAAAUUCCAUGUCUUGAUUCAGACAAAAGAAAUUUCCAUUUCAGAAAUAGCAAAAAGUCCGCAUACAUUAUACACAUCUCAUUUCUAAUGACUUUUCAUUCUGAAUUUGUGCCUAAUGUGUGAGACCUGAAUUCUGGUGACUAAAAAAGGAGAAAAGAGUUCUGCUUCAUUAGCCAUCCUAAUGAGAGAUUCCUUCUUAGAGCUCAAAGUCUGCCUCCAUAUAGAGGGAUGCAUUAAGAGCUCAGUAUUCACAACUGAGCGCUAACGGGGUUGCCUGAUGAUUGAGCACAGGCUCUCUGUUACGCUGUAAUUCAGUUUCCUUACCGGAAAGACAGCACAGUGAUCGGGCAUUUGGAAACAAGGCAAACCACAUGAUAUCUAAUUUUUUAUCCUUUUUUUUCUAUCCCUUUUUGUUAAAGGACUUAUAGAGAAAAUGUAGAUGAACACUGAAGUUAAUAUUGAUGGUGACGAGGGUAAAAUUUCCAUAGUGAUGGUGGACAAUAAGUGGGUUUUUGUUAGAUGUUUUUUGGAAGUACGUAUCUUCAUUACUACAAAACACACAUCAGCUGUUGCUAUUCCCUUUUCCAACAGCAACUUGUCUUAAAUUGUGUUCUGAGGAUCAGUUAGGCUCAAUUGUGUCCUGUGGAAAGCUCAAAAGAAAAAUGUCUGGAGGGCCUAGUGAAAAUAGGUUUGUAGGUACAUAUCUUAAUGCAUAAAUUCAUAAAGCUCCUGAGGUUUCCUUCAUAAAAAGUUCUGCAGAAGGAAAAAUAUCUUGGGAAACCUAGCUUUAGGGUGAGUGUUAAUACGGGGAAAGGCAAGAACUUUGGUAAUAUUUUAUUCUUAAUGUGCUGUUAAGAUGAUCAGUCUAAUCUAAGUAGUGCACAUCUGCUGUUCCCUUGCUGCGGCUUCUUCCACUGCAGACUCCAAAUGGGAGUGCUGCCAGAGAGAAUUUCUGGAGCUGUGGGAUCCAGUGGCAUUCACCUGCAAAGUCCUACAUGGCAUCAUGGGACACAUUAAUCUUUUGCAUUACGUCACAGUUCAAUCAGGGGCAAAUUAGUACAUACAUAUCUUGAAGCAUCGUAUCAUUUUAAUUAACUGAAAGUCAUCUGUGUCCAUAAAUUGAAAAGAAAUGGUUCGUACAUAGUUAACUUACAAGUGUCACAACUUUUAAUUAAAAUUAUUAUAAACGCUGGGCAAUGGCCAUAUCCAUAAAACUCAUUUUAUACAAACAGCUAAAUGUGAAGGCAAUAAAGUUAAUGGAAAAUCAAACAAUCACAUUUUCUAUCAAGUGUUACAUAGGAGAAAAGGGACAGAGAUAAAAAUAGUGGUGUCAACAGUCACUUACAAAGCAGCGGUACUUCCAGAAGCAUUUUUUUUUUGAUCAUAAACUACUGAUGUUGCUUAUUUGGGGGUAAAGGUCGAAACAAAUGUACAGCCAACCUUUCAUAAUAAUGUUUAUUUGGUGUUAAGGCUGACUCUAGAAUUCAAACAGAAUUCCACAUUUAGACAGACUUGUUAUUUUGUUAGUUCCAAUGCAUACUUUGUCUGACUGAAAUGCAUACAGUGACACUUUUUGAAAGCGUUUAAGUGCAUUGCAAACCUAAAUUCCUGUGGUGGAAAAUUUAGCAGCUUGAAAAGAUCCCUAAGUCUUUUCAUACUCAACCUCAUGCUCGCAAAGCCCAUGUUCUACCGGGGCCAAAUGCACCGAGCCAGCACGCGGAGGCUGAGGGUGAGCAGAGGAACCAGGGGCUUCCUCUUCACUUCAGCAAGUUUUUCCCCGGAACUCUGACAGGUUCUGCAAAACAAGGGUUUGAAGCUGGAGCAUGGUGAGAGCCCUCCUGCUCCUUUUCUUUUUCUCCUCUGGCUCAUUCUUUACUUAUCCUCAGUGUUUUAUUAAAUGAUGCCUUCUUGCUGACAGUCCAGCUUCCAGGGCAGUUCUGUAACUGCAGAACUUUUUACAGGCUCUUUUUGGAUGUCCCUAACUGAGCAGCCAAAGCAGAAAGUGCACAAAUACUAGUUUGUCUGGUGCUUUUUACAAGUUGGUUUGCGUUGGAUGGAGCGGUGCGAGGAAGCACGGGGUGCAUCUACGUGUGCCGUCAGGCCGCCCGUUUCGGGAUCUGUCCUUUCAGCCACGUUCCCAAGCACUACAUUUUGCACUCCUUACGUCCCUCCCUACACGCGCACAUGCAUCCUAAAUACCCCACACAAUCCUAGCGUUUUUAAAUUUAUAUAAUAGGCUCGUAUUGACAAUUUUUCUCUCAUAUUGACGUUGCAACCACGUUUACCAGAAAUUUGUAUUGGCGUGAUUUUGGCAUAAUCACGAUAGCACAAUGUUACCACAGCAGCACAAAGUUCUAACGGCACAAGCAGGAACUGCAGAGAAAUCGCUAUUCCAUGUUAUACAGGAACUUUUAAAAUCCAGGACUGGGGUUUAGUCUUGAAACGUUAAUGCUACAUUCCCUCUUAGCUGCACUGGAAAUUACCUUGUGUUAGUUCUGUUGGCUUAUUCUAACUUUUUGCCAUAACCUCUAUAAUGUUAUAUGUUCUCCGCAGUUUUCGUUCUUAUUGCCGUGAGCUAGUUGUUAGGAUGCUACUGGGUGAGAAAUUAGGAUUAAACCCAAUGCAGUCUAAAGCUAAUGAGAUUCUAAACACUGAGAACACGACGAUUUUUCUGUUAAUAAUGAAAAAAAUUCAGAUCACCUUUUUAUUUUGUGUUCUAUUUAGAUGACUCAGAGUUUUGUAUUAAAAAUCUUCCAAACUGUUGGCUCUAAUUUUUACCUAGAGUAGUAUCACUGAAAUUUCAGUUCUUUGAAAUAAUCUCAUGUAAAAUCUAACUGAAUAACGUAGUUCAGUCAUUUUUUACUCUGAUAGUCCUGGCUAACUUGCAAUAUCAUGAUCGUAAGAGAUUUCUUAAAAUGUGUAUAUAUUUGAAAUUUAUGUAAUAUUUAAAUACAACUUGGUUUCUAAGUAAGGAAUAAGAAUAAAAUUUCAACUAUUUUUUCUAUUCAUAAAUCCACGCUUUGUAAGUAGUAUUUAAAAUAAGAUUACAGUACCACAGAGUGUUUCAGAGAAAUUGACUUUUAUGCACUACAAGCUAGAAAUUCCUCUGGCACGUCAGCUUUCGGUUUCUUUUGUGUUUUAAGAUUACUUUUACAAGCCGAUAUGUACCCCAGAACUAAAAAAAUUCACUGAGGAAAAAGUUGUUGAUCUGAUUAACUAUUGUAAGACACUUUUGGCAUAAAUUUGUCUUUGAGAUGCUGUUUACUUUAUCAAGGUUUACAUGUACAAAUGCAACUACUUACUGUAUCAUACACAUUUGAAUAUUGCAUUUUUUCAGUAAUAAACUUGGAUAUCUUUGAAA